UCGGUGAUAAGCUAGUACUGAAGUAGCUGUGUAUGUGCGUGUGUGUGUGUCUCUAACAUGGCGUCCGCUCGUGUGUUUGUGGCCGUGUUUGUUCUGCUGAUGUUGGGCGGACGGACAGGGUCUGUCCAUGACGGGCCGCUCCUGCUGCUGGUCUCGUUUGACGGGUUCCGGUACGACUACCUGGACAGGAGUCCGGACAGGGUGCAGCUGCCCUGCCUCAGCUACCUUAUACAGACAGGUGUACGUGCGAAGUGGGUCCACAACACUUUCGUCACCUUCACGUUCCCGAACCACUUCAGCCUGGUGACGGGGCUGCACGCCGAGAGUCACGGGAUAGUGGCCAACAACAUGUACGAUCCGGACCUGAACGAACAGUUCCACAUGUACAAGAACAACGAGCCCAGGUGGUGGGACGGGGCUGAGCCCAUCUGGAUAACCAACCAGAGACAUGGGGGCAGGAGCGGCGUUUUAAACUGGCCGGGCAUGGAGGUGAGGUUCAACGGCAGUCUACCAUUCAGAAGUCUUUCCGAGUUCAACGACUCCAUUCCUUACGAGCAUCGGAUAGAGACGAUGAUCGAGUGGUUCACAGACGAAGAAAACCCGAUAAACCUGGGCGUGCUGUACUUCGAGGAACCGGAUGAAGUCGGGCACCUCUACGGGCCGGAUUCACCGGAGUUGGACCGAGCUUUGGAGAUGAUAGAUCGGACGGUUGAGUACCUCGUCGAGCUGUUACAAUCAGCUGGGCUGUUUGAAAGAAUGAACUUGAUCAUCACCAGUGAUCACGGGAUGGCGGAGACGUCAGAGGACCGAGUGAUUGAGCUGGACCGUUACCUGGACCCCAGUACUUACCUGUGGGUGGAUACAACACCUGUAACAGCCAUCUGGCCUCUCGCACACGGAGUGGACAGAGAGUACAUCUUCGCUGCAUUAGAUGAUGCCCAUCCUCACCUGAAGGUGUACUACAAGGAGGACAUCCCUGCCCAGUACCACUACAGACACAACCGGAGGAUCAUGCCUGUCAUCGCAGUGGCAGAUCCUGGAUGGACUAUCGUACAGAACAUCAGCACUGCUAACAUUAUUAAAGGUAACCAUGGUUACAACAACAGCUACCUUCCCAUGAACCCCCUCUUCGUGGCCCACGGACCAGCCUUCCGCACCAACCUCCUGUCUGAACCCUUCAACAACGUGGACAUCUACCCGCUCAUGUGUCACAUCCUGGCCAUCGAACCUCUGCCGAACAACGGCUCCAUCGAGAACACAGCCUCCAUCGUGGAGAUGAAGAGAUGGUGGUCCCCGUCACCGAGGUCCAUGUCUGGGAUUGCGGGCACACUUGGUUUGUUGUUGAUGCUGGUGGGCUGUAUCGCUGGGUGUGGGUACUACUCCCAGAAAAGAGAACAGCCACCCGGCAGACACUUCCACUACUCCGUCAUCGGGUACGAGAUGGAAGACUACAGCCUCGGAGAACCGUUAGUAGACGCCAAAAGAGACAGGGAAGUCUAGGGAAGUAU